UACACAUAUCACUAGUCUCUGAUCGAUCUAAGAACACCUACAAGGAGUUUUGCAUUCGCGGGACAUCGCUUGAAAGGCUUUGAGUCACGGAACUUAUGGAUCCAUAUACAUAUGAAUCGAUGUCGUUUGCCAGUGGUUCAUUCAUCUGGGAAGCGACUGAGGAAAAUUUCGACAGGUUCUGUGCACGUUAUGGCAGCUUUUCCGAAGCAGUACUCAAGGGCGAAGACUAUAGGAAGGUGUAUGAAGAUGACGUUGCAGAGUACCUGAAUUAUUGCGACUUCAACACAAAAACAGUACGGGGACGUGGACAUGUCGUCUUCUUCGACUCGUCAAUAAUUCAGAAGGUGAAGACUUUGACUGGAAAAAACUUUUGGAGAAGGGGAGAGUAUACGAUGGAUAUUACAAACAUACCAGGACCCAAAUGGAUGAUAGUAGACGGUCUGCUACCAUGGUUGCAGUUUUACACUGCAUCCACAAUGUCUGAACUCAUGGAUGCUACCAUUGAAGACCUGGAUUUCAUAGGUUAUUUCGACAGUCUGCGGUUCAUACCAGAAAUUAGAAUUCUGGAGGUCCUUGCUUCACCUGAACAUAUUGCUUCACCUGAACAUAAGGGGAAAUAUCGACUUCUGAUCUAACCUGGUAGGGUCUAUGCACCAUGACCAUCCCAAACUUAUCGUGGACACGUGUAUUUCUUUAUUUAGAUUGGACAAUAUUCAUACAGUCCUUUACGUAGUUUUCCACCUAUACGUAAUAGGUGGACAACUGAUGCAGAGUAAGGUAGUUGUUUACUGAAGUUAACGCCUCGUUAGUUCGAACUGGGGAUUUGUUGAAGACGGCAGCUGCAGCUCUCACAUGUGAAAUGUUCAUAUGAACGUGUUGGUUGGUUUUCAUGUCAAAGAAAUAGUUGCAAGCUCCCCUUUUUCGUUUUUAUAAUAACAGUCAUAUGUUC